CAAUGCCUCACAUAUGUAUAAAAUACAUCACAUAUCUAAAUCAAAAACAUAUAACUGUAGAUUAAAUAAUUAAAAUUAUAAAAACAUCAAACAUAGACAUGCACAUGAAACAUGUUAUUGCAGCAAUUACCCUUCUCUUCCUCUUCCACCACCACCACCCAGCUCCCUCUCCAUAGAGUUUCAACCCUUAUUUUUAUACCCUCCCAGAAAGCAAGAUAGUGGAGACCCUUUAUUUACUGUCCUGGUUUUAGAGCUUAUAUUGUUCUGUAUUAUUAUACCAUAGUAAUUAUUACAUAUUAUAUUUAUAAUCUGGAUUAUAUGAGGACCCUUUUAUACAGCUGUAUAAAAUCCACACUGAACUGGAUUAUAUGACAGUGUGGACUCAAGUUCAAACUUCUAUUGAAGUGGAAGCCAUUUUCUACAUUUACAAAAAGAUAAGAUUUCUGUUUUCAUAGGUAGGUGUAUCACAGGUACUUUAUUCCAUUUUAAUUCAGUGAAUGAAAGGUAACAGAUGACUUGAGGCUGUUUGUCUAUGUAAGGAAAUAAGAACCUGACCUACUUUUUAGAGCAGAGGUGGAAGUCAUAAGGCCUUCCAGAUGUUGUGGGUCUGAAAUUCCCAGUAACCCUACCCAGCAUAUCCAACGAUAAGGAAUGCUGGAACUAUAGUCCAACAAUAUCUAGGAGAACCAUAUGACUCACUGCUAUCCUAGAGGAUAUUUCUGCAUAUGUAUGAUUUCAUGUACUGUAUUAUGUAUUCAUUUUAAGGCUGAAUUUAUAAGCUGACUUUAUUUAUUAUCCUUCCCCCUUUUCUCAUAAUCAGGUGCUUGAAUUACCUUUCCCCCCCAGUAUUCUUAUUCUCCUUUGGCUAGCUUUUAGUCUUUUUCCUCUAUGUGAACAUUUGUCAUAUACCAUAAUGUAGUGCGCACAUUUCGUGCAACAGUGUUUAAAAGGAUGUGGUUAUGGGGGGGUUUUUUUACAUCAGAAAGGAAGCUAGCUAAACUGCAUUGCCUGGAUGACAGAUGGAAAGAUAAAGCACCUACGCUGUUUUCAAAUACACUUUUAUAAAAAUCCACCUUGUCUCCUGAUUUCUCUUUCCUGAGCUCAUAUGUAGCAUUCAGGUAUAAUAAAGCAGAUGCUUUCUCAUCCUGGAGUAAGACCCUUCCUUGUUGGACAAUGAAUAACUCUGUUCUGCUUGAAGAAGAACUGAUCAAAAAGUCCCAGCAAAAGCGAAGGACCUCUCCCUCAAAUUUUAAAGUUCGAUUCUUCAUUUUAACAAAAUCAAGGCUGGCUUAUUUUGAACGUCGCCCUGGGAAAAAAAACAUUCUAAAAGGUUCAAUUGAACUGUCCAAGAUUAAAUGUGUGGAAAUUGUGAAUAGUGACAUUACAAUUCCAUGUCAUUACAAAUAUCCUUUCCAGAUUUUUCAUGACAGCUACCUCUUGUACGUGUUCGCUCCCAGCCAAGCAAGCUGUCAGAAAUGGGUUAUGACUCUGAAAGAAGAAACUAGAAACAAUAACAUUCUGGUGACAAAGUUUCACCCCAAUUUCUGGAUAGACGGAAGAUGGAGAUGCUGCACUCAGUCAGAGAAGCUGGCGACAGGAUGUAUGGAAUAUGCUACAGCCAAGACUGUCUCCAAGAAACCUCUUCCUCCAACUCCAAAUGAUAACUGGAAAUUAUUUCUGGACUCCAAAGAAUCCCCAGUGAUCGCCAUUUAUGACUAUGCUGCCCAGAAUCCACAGGAGCUGACAUUACAGUGCAAUGAAGAAUAUUAUGUUAUAGAUAAUUCAGAGGUCCACUGGUGGUUGGUUCAGGAUAAGAAUGGUCAUGAAGGAUAUGUGCCAAGCAGCUAUGUGGUAGAGAAAUCACCAGAAAAUCUGCAUGCAUAUGAGUGGUACAAUAAGAGUAUCAGCCGAAGCAAAGCAGAGACACUGCUCAAAGAAGAGGAUAAAGAAGGAGCCUUCAUGGUAAGAGACUCACGGCAGCCUGGCACUUAUACUGUCUCUGUUUUCACAAAAGCUUUGAGUAAUGACAAUAACCCAGUCAUAAAGCAUUAUCACAUCAAGGAAACAAGUGACAAUCCCAAAAAGUACUACCUGGCAGAGAAGCAUCUUUUUAAUGGUAUCCCAGAAAUGAUCAACUAUCACCAGCACAAUGCAGGAGGUCUUGUUACGCGUUUGCGGUAUGCUGUUUCCUGCUGGAGACAAAAGGGUCCUGUUACUGCUGGGCUAAGCUAUGGGAAAUGGAUGAUUAACCCCCAAGAACUAUCCUUUGGCCAGGAGAUUGGUGUGGGCCAAUUUGGAGUGGUACAUAUUGGCUAUUGGCUUGGUCAGAUGAAAGUUGCUAUAAAGACCAUUCGCACACAAGCAAUGUCAGAAGAAGACUUCCUUGAGGAGGCCCAAGUCAUGAUGAAACUGUCGCAUCCCAAAUUAGUCCAGCUGCAUGGGGUCUGCAUGCAACCAGCUCCCAUGUGCCUUGUGUUUGAGUUCAUGGAGAAUGGAUGCCUGUCUGAUUACCUCAAGAGGCAGCGAGGGAGCUUCUCAAAGGAAGACCUUCUGGGAAUGUGCCAAGAUGUGUGUGAAGGGAUGGCUUAUCUAGAACAGGCGUCUGUCAUCCACAGGGACCUGGCUGCUCGAAAUUGUUUGGUAGGAGAAUUCCAAGUGGUCAAAGUUUCAGAUUUUGGAAUGUCACGGUAUGUUCUUGAUGACCAAUAUACCAGCUCUAUGGGCACCAAAUUCCCUGUUAGGUGGUCAGCACCAGAGGUGUUUUCUUAUAACCGGUAUAGCACCAAAUCUGAUGUCUGGUCAUUUGGGGUAUUGAUGUGGGAGAUAUUCAGUGAAGGUAAAAUACCUUAUGAAAACAAGACCAAUGGUGAAGUGGUAGAAGACCUCAGGGCUGGUGGCCGUUUGUAUAAGCCCAGGCUGUCUUCCAACACUAUUUACAAGCUCAUGAGAAGUUGCUGGAGUGAGAAGCAAGAAGACAGACCACCUUUUUCAGUCCUGCUGCAUCAGCUCAGUGAGAUCUCAGAAUCAGACUUUUAAGUUUAAAGGACUGUGCGAAAGUGUGAAAGACACAACCUUUCUCAUACAUGGCUUCAGCAGAUAGAUCUCGUAUCUAUGCUUGGUAGCGGUACCAACUAGAAUGAGAUCUUGAUUGUUUUCGUAAGGUGUAUAAAUAGAGAAAUGAACAGUGAGCGAUGUGUUCAACAUUAUGUUUAAUAAUCUGGCAAGCUCCUCCUUGAGGAUCAAGACAUGGUGAUGGUGACAGUAACAACAAUGAGAACAGCAUUUAGGACAAAGUGAGUUGCAACUGCUUUGCAGACCUGGAACCUUCUGCUCCCAGAAACUGGUCCAGCAGGCAAGGAAAUUACAAUGUGACUCUGAUCCACCAAACAUGAUUGAAACUGAAUGAAGCUAUUUGUAAACAAAUCUUUUGAUGGCAGAUUUGAAACAGGAUCUUCUUGUUUAAAAAAUGAAUUGUAUGGAGUAACUGCAGAAACCAGAGGGACUAAUUGUAUGUAAUAUUGGGGGAAAUACAAAUGGAUGACUAGCUUGGCAGAUAAAAUUAACUAUUAGUGCAAUCCUGAAUCUUCAAAUUCUACAUAAUGCAGUAAUAAGGAUGGGGCAGAUGCUUCUAAAUAUUCAACAUAGUUUUCUGCUGGAGAAAUAAAUUAUGUGUGGGUUAUUGUGGGUUUUUAAUCUAUACUUUUUUAUUUUUAAAAAACUUAAACUAAUCAAAUAGACUUUCACUUACUGUUUGACCCAGAGAGUUCAGAUACAGAAAAGUAUAUUCCAGCAUUCCAAGAGUAGAAACUAAUUUUCUACUUAACCAAAUUUAUGGGCAUUUGAAAGAAUAAUGCUGAUGAUGUCUUGAGCUAUGAAGCCUUAUCACACAACCUUGGUUUCUGAAUAAACUUAGGAUGAGAAAAAAAAAACUGAUGAACUGAGAAGCACAACAGCUUAGUAGUUAUACCACACAAAGUUUUGUGUUACUUAAGCAAGUGAAAGCAUGCACUUUCUUUGUCAAAGUCUAUGUGUUUGUGCCAUUCUGACUCCAUUUAUGAAAGUAUGAUCAAAGAAUUAGUUUGCAAUGAUGUCUAGUAAAACACCUGUAAAAGUAUUCAUACAGAGUGUUUUUCAUUGGUUUUUCCAAUUAUAUGGUACUGGAAACUACUGCAAAUUAAUCCUGUUGUAUACACAUGUAUGUGUCUGGCAGGAAGUACUACAGAUGUUAAAACCUGGGUGCAAGAAGAGUGUAUAGAUCAACUGCAGCUGAACAUGAAUUCUGAAAUCUGCAUUAAGAUCCUUUUAUCAUUUGCCAUGUUGCCAUCUGGAGGCACAGGAGAACCAUUAAUAAGUUACUGAUGUGGUCAGAUAUUGGUCUGUAUUAUAUUAUCAAAAAGUCAGUCAUUUGGUUGAAAGCAUGCUCUUUAAAGUAUGAGAAAUGAGUUGUUGGAGAACUGUGUAAGGAGAAUGUUUCUUAAGCAAGAAUCAAGAUUUAUUCAAAAACAUCUGGCACCAUAGAAUGGAAACACCACCAUCAUUUUUGAAAUGUUGAUUCAGAUUAUUUUGGUGUUUUGAAUAUUGAGUGACUUGAACAUCCAUGUAAAAAUGAUGUCACAAAAAGACCAAAAGUUAUGUAAUUAGUGUUUAAUACUGGCAGAAACUCUUCCUCUAUGCCAAAAAUAGUUAACAACUGUAUUAUUUUCACCUCACUUCUCCUGUAUUAGGUUAGCUAUAUUAGAAAAAGUAUGAGGGUUUCUUGCACAUGUUAAAACUUUUCUUUUUUAAUUAAUUGGUGACAGUACACUGUUUCAGAAGGAGAAUUAUUCCAGAUUCAGAUUCAAAGGAACUUGAGCAUUCAGUGGAAAGGUGAUCUAUUCAAAAUAGAAAAUUUUGUCUAUUUUAGCCAAAUCCUAGUAUAAUGAAGACAUUAUGUGCUGUACACACACCUCUUGUUUCUCAAUAUAGUAACUAUCAUCAACAAGUUUCUAAAUACUGGCAGUCCCCAAGUGACAAAAAUCCAACUUACAAACAACUCAUAGUUAAGAACAGGGGUGAGACAACAGGAAGUGAGAGAAAUCUACCUCUAGAAAGGAAAAUUCACUCAUAGAAGAGUUCUCAUGGCAGAAAGGUGUCUCCACUGAAGAUUUCUCACCAAUAUUUGUUUCCACAAGAAGAAUUUUUCAAAAUUCAAUUAUCACAGAGACAGAAAGUAGGGUGAAAUCUUCUUAGCAGAGGCACAGAUAGCAAAACAAACACCACAGAGGUGUUAAGCUUUCCCUAUGCUAUUCAAAACUAAAAGAAAAUGUAUAUUUGACUGGAGGCACACUAAAAAAGAUACUGUUCUGACUUACAUACAAAUUAAGAAGAAACCUACAGGACCUAACAUGUUCGUAAUUUGGAGAUUGCCUGUAGUUCAUUAAACUGAUGGAUUAAUUUAGCCUUUGAAUCGAUUAAUAGGUAGUGGAAACACAGGAUAUAUCUGGAUAAUCCAACUUCUUCUACCUUGUUCACUAUCUUUCUAUGUGGCUGUGUCAACAAAAUUCUAAAUCAAAAUCAAGUUUAUUUCCAUUCAGAUUCAGCCAGGCCAUUAGACAAAGUGAGGUGGCAUGCCAUUAAGAGCUUUUACCUUUUAUGUGUGCAUCAUUUGAAUUUCCCCACCUGAGGCUCCAAAAUGUCCCAAAUGGGCCUUAUUUUCACUGAGUAAGUACUUAUCACACUAUUUUUCCAACCCCUAAAUCCAGAGUUCCUUCAUUGUCAUUUUAUUUGUUAAUAACAGCACUGCUUCAGAGAGUACUAUUGCAUUUUUCUAUAAGAACACCAAUGUUAGACUGCUCAGCUAAAGGAGGUUGGUCAGGUUCCAUGUAGACUCACCUAUGAGCAAGCAGUGAAAAGGAUGUAUCUAAAAGGGGGUUGCCUCUUUCCUAAUGAGAUUGUAGCUGAAUAGCAUUUUUAUUUAAUGUUUGUAAAGGUUUAUUGCUGUGAUUUUGUUUUAUAAACUGUGUGCAUUUCAUCAAUAUGAUUUUCAUUUUCGGCAUUAUAAGGAUGUAAAGUAAUGGAGGGAGUUACCAAUAAAUAACAAAAUAAAUAUAAAAUAUAUGUAGAGUAUAAGAAAAAAUAUUUAUAGAUUACUGAUUGGAUGGACCAAGGAGUAAUGAGCUUUUAUAAUCUUUUAUAAUCUAUCUUUAUAUAAUGAUUAAUAUAUAUAUUAUAGGUCUUUUAUAAAAAGAAUGAUUUUAUUGUUAUGUAUCUGGAUGACCUUAAAAUAAGAAUUUAAUAAUAAAUGCUUGUUCUGCCAGGACAGCAAUGUCCAUAAA